AUGUCUCCCACUGAGGAAGAGAUCGGUUUUGACGACGAUGUCCCGAUCUUGAUUGUAGGCGGAGGCCCAUGCGGCCUGCUCCUUGCGUACUUGCUCGCCCAGCUUGGAGUCCGAUCCUUGUUGUGCGAACGUUACCCCACCAGACUAGAUGCGCCCAAAGCCCAUGCGUUGUCCCCCAGAUCGCUUGAACUAUGCCGUCAAUACGGCCUAGAUGUGAACGAGAUCCGCAACACCGGGACCAGUCGGAGAGAGGCAUUCUGGGUAAAUUUCAUCACUCAUUUGAAUGGCAAGCAGGUGGGCAGGCUUCCGUACGAGCGUAUGGACCCGGAGGUCCUGGAGAGCACCCCGACGAUGAUCCACAACAUCCCACAACCGGAUUUUGAGGAGUUGGUCGCAAAGAAGUUACUCAAGAACAACCUGGUGGAGAUGCGCAAGAAUCAUUCCGUCGUCCGACUUGUCGAUGGCGGUGAUCAUGUCCUAGCCACUAUUGAAGAUCGUGUCACAAAGCAAGAAUACAUAGUGAAGUGCAGUCACUUAGUUGCAUGCCAUGGUGCCAAGAGUGCUGUCCGGAAAUUCUUGGGAAUCGAGAGCGAGGGCGAGGAUUCCUACGAAACAAUGAUGACAAUUCAUAUUAAUGCCAACCUGCACCCUGUGGUUCAAGAGCGAGUGGGCAUGCUGCACUGGGUGAUGGACCCCGAAGUCUCCGGCUUCAUCAUAGGAUAUAACUUGGAAGGGAACCAAGUCCUGAUCUGCAACUUCGAUUCUGAAAAGCAUCCAGUCGAGACAUGGGAUGAAGAGCUUUGUCGCAAGACUGUCGAUGCAGCUAUCGGUACCAAGAUCCCAUACGAUGUGCUGAGCUAUCGACCUUGGAUUUUGAGCAGAAAGGUUGCGCAUUCCUACCGAGCGAACCGGGUAUUCCUAGCCGGAGAUGCUGCCCACUCAUUCCCACCCACUGGAGGACUAGGCCUGAACAACGGUCUGGGAGAUGUCCAUAAUCUCGCAUACAAGCUCGCCGCGGUGCAUCAUGGAUGGGGAGGCGACCGACUUCUGGACAGCUAUGAAGCUGAUCGGCGACCAGUUGCUUGUGUCAACUCGGAGCAGAGCGUCAAGAAUGGGAAGCAGAUCUUUGGACUGUUGAAAACGCUCGGAACUACCGACCCUGACGUUCAAGUCGCGAGACAAAAUCUAUAUCGCAACAUCGAGGAUCCGCACAUGAUGAAGGAGAUCAACAAAGGCAUCGAGGGCCAGCGGGAGCAUUUUGACAAUCUUGGACUCCAUGUGGGCUAUGUGUACGGGGACCAUCGACGGCCAGACUGUGCCUCGAUUUAUGAACCAGUGUGCGUUCCGGGGGCUCGUCUACCUCACGCAUGGAUCCGACUAUUGACCCCAGAUAAGCUGCGACUCCCUCCGAUCGAUUGUUCCUAUGUGGCCGAGCUGUCUCCUGAGGAGCUUCGGCUGAAACAGUACUCGACACUGGAUUUGUGCGGGUUCGAUUCCUUCACCCUCAUAGUGGACGUGAAGUCAGCAGAUCAUUGGGGGCCAAUUCUGGAAGAGGUGAAACGGCAAGUCCCCGGCAAGUGUGCUGGUCUGAAAAUGGAGAUGGUUAGCCGCGGGGGCACUUUUGACCUUCAACCCGGAGGUGGCGGACGGUGGAUGGCGCUGACGAGACUGGCCGAGGGCCACGCCAUUUUGGUCCGACCGGACCAACACGUUCUAGCGCAGUUUGAAUAUCCGGGGGAAGCUAGUGGGGUCCUGGGGGAGUUGAGGGCGCAUCUGGCGUGGGACGAGUGAGCGAUAGACGGUUGUAUACAGAGCCGUCGGGAUGUCCAAGAGGUGGCCUGAUGCUUGUCUGAGGGAGGGGGGGUUGUCGUGUUGCUGUACUCCGUACUCCAUAGGACUUGGUGCAUCCGACGGGUAGAGAAUAGAUGACUAUUUGCUCUGAUAAUCCGCGAUGCAAGGCAUCCGAGAGACUGGGACGGUCUCCGGCAAUCCGGGGAGGAGAGGAGACGGAUAAGACAACAGCCGCUCCCCA